AUACACAUACCGAUAGUUGCGCGACAUCGAUAUGUGCAAUUGAAGAGAGCUGAUGAUAUAAAGGAAUGUGACCAGCUCAUUACACAUGAUCAUCAGUGCUGGAAAAUACAGCUGAGCCACCGAUAAUAUUAUCGAUGUAUCCAUUAGAUAUAGCCAUGGUUAAUCAAAGUCCUCAUAUUUGUUCGCUUAUCUCUGACGAACUUUAAACUGUUGCAUGCAUAUCUAUUGCUAAGCGAUAAUAAUAAUGUAAAUGUAACGCAGCCCUCUUGCAAUAUGGAUUUGCGUAAUGCCCGAGCGCGACAACCGGAAAUAUUACGCUCAGUGCAAAAGGAUGCACGUUACACCAAUGAGCUGGCCGAGGAUUUAUCUGACAUAUUGCGCUUAACUGGCCCUCGAAACUGGAUUAAAUAUAAUCAAUUGUGUCAGUUGAUUGCACAGCUCAGUUAUCACGGUUUCGCCUCGCUAAACAAUCUGCAAACCCUGGGCGAGGAGUACACGGGCAUUAUCCAGGUCGAUGGUAACUACAAACAGAUUCCCAGCCGGUUGCUGCAACUGAUUGCAAUUAUACUUGAGUUUGGCGGAGAUGCGCUGUUUCUACGCGUGUUGCAAAAACUUGAGCUGCACAUAGCCGAACAUGAUCAGAUAGUGCCCGACGCCAAGAAACAACUGCAGAAGCUCAUCCAGCACAUGCGACAAUCGCCCAGCUAUAUUAAAGCACUGCACAAGUCGCUCUUUUAUUUGAACGCCAGCAAAUAUCAACUUUCAAAGCGCACCACUGGCAUUAACUAUGUGCUCAUCCGGCACUGGUUGCAGCCGGAGUUUUCGCUGUAUGGCUACAAAAUUCUUGGCAUUAUAACAUUCCUUCAAGUGACGGUAUCCUUAGCCAUUGGCGGCUGGGAGACGUGGAGGGAGCACAAGCGCCAGCAACUGAACGAACUAAAACAGGCAGCGAAAACUUUUCUACAACGUGAAACAAGCACAAAGCCCUCAGCAGAUGAUGCGCCGCAGUGCAUUCUGUGCCUGGAACCACGCCAGAGCAGCAGCCUAACGCCGUGUGGUCACAUGUUCUGCUGGAGCUGCAUUCUCGACUGGCUGGAGGAGCGCGACGAGUGUCCACUGUGCCGUGAAUCAGUAAAAAAGUCGCAGGUGAUUCAGCUGCAAAAUUACGCUUAAGCAUUCCAUAUUUGUUGGUUGUCAAUAGAUUGGAUUGAUCGGUGUAUCGAUAAUUUAUUAAAAAGUU